AUGGUCGGCAAAAAUUCAGGACUCGAGUCCUUGAAGAAGGUUGAUGGGACUCCUAAAUCCACCCAGUCUCACAAGCGCAAGAGAGAUCCCCAUGUCUCUCAGCCUGCAGCCACUCCCACGCCAACGAAGAAGAAUAAGAAACGCGAAAGCUUGCCGAUCGCAGAAAUCACAGGUGAUCGCGGCAUCAAGAAACGCAAGCAUCUCAAGGAUGCACUUCAAGGAUCGAACUCCCCGGAAACGUCCCGGAAAGAAAGUACUCUCUCGUCGGACCGCAGAAAACCGACUGUUGCAGACUCGCGCAGGAUUGUUAGCGAAACGGCAAAGAAAUCGGAGAAGAGCAAGCGAAAGAGUUCCGGAACUUACGAUACACUGGAUGAUACGACUGCAUCUGUGAUUACAGGAAAUAUCGAUGAAGAAGUUGAAGCGCCGAACGUCGAACAACGCAAAUCGAAGAACAAGCAUUCGGGAAUUUUGUCAAAGUUCGAGCGAACCAAAACCGUUUCCAGUGCCAAAGCCAAAAAGGUUGAACCUGAACUUGUUGAAGAUGAGACACCUGCUGUCGAAGCUGUCUAUGCACAGGGCCUGGAGCGACUACCUCAGCCUGAAAAUCCACCCGAGCCAGAGCAAAUCCCAACAUAUUCAUCUCUGCCCGGCUGGCUGGCUAACCCAUUGCGCAAAUCAGUUCAGGACACACGCAAAUUUUCCGAACUCGGAAUCAAGUCAGACCUUCUGAAAAUCCUGGAACAGCAGAACUACAAACAAGCUUUUGCUGUGCAAUCUACCGUCAUUCCGCUGCUUUUGCAAGGAGACCGAAACCACCCAGGAGAUCUGUGUAUCUCUGCGGCGACUGGGUCCGGAAAAACACUUUCAUAUGUUCUCCCCCUUGUUACAGCUCUACCACCGAGAUCUGCUUCCAGACUUAGAGGAUUGAUUGUAGUUCCCACACGAGAGCUGGUCAAACAAGCUCGCGAAUCCUGCGAACUAUGUGCUUCUGGAUCCAGACUUCACAUCGGAAGCGCAGUUGGUAAUGUGGCUAUCAAAGACGAGCAGAAACUCUUGAUGCGCAUGGACCAGGUUUACAACCCGGCUAUUCAACAGCAACAGCGUGACGGAUUGAACGGAAAUGACUGGAUGAACUUGAGCCUGGAAGAUUGUAUCAGUGAGGCAAUUGGCUCCAACGGGUCUCUUCCGGGCCACAUCCAGCGAUCCGAACCGAAUGUUGACAUCCUGAUCUGCACUCCUGGUCGUCUGGUUGACCACAUUCGCUACACCAAGGGAUUCACUCUCAAGCAUCUUGAAUGGCUGGUGAUUGAUGAAGCCGAUCGUCUCUUGAACGAAAGCUUCCAAGAGUGGGUUGAUGUCGUCAUGAACUCACUGAAUAGUCGAGAAGCCCCCGAGACCUUUGGUCCUGGUGGAAAGGUUCUGUCUGAACUGGGACUUUCGAUUGACGCCAAGCCGCCUCGGAAGGUGAUUCUGAGUGCAACAAUGACUCGCGACAUUUCUAAACUCAACUCGCUGCGCCUUGUUAACCCCAAGAUGGUUAUCAUCGGGUCUGAGGAUGCUGCCGACGAAGAAGAUCCAUCUGCUACUCAUCCAGAUGCUCAUUUCGCCCUACCCCCAACUCUAUCCGAGCACGUCGUUCAAGUUGGCGACGGAUCUCUCAAGCCGCUUUAUCUGCUACGUCUUCUUCUUUCGCACAUUGAGAUUAGUGGAGACCGCGCUCCAAGCGUGUCUGAUUCAUCCGACUCUGACAGUUCUAGUUCAGAUGAUGAUACCAGCAGCGACGAUGAUACCGGCUCUGAUGACGUCACUUCAUCUUCUGGGUCAGACUCGGAGUCCGACUCGGAUUCAGACUCAGACUCGGAGUCAGAUUCUGAAGAUUCUGAAGACUCGGAGUCCGAUGCUUUGGAACUCGCUCCCUCGCCCUUGCGUAAGACUGUCUUGAUUUUCACCAAAUCAUCCGAGUCUGCCUCCCGACUCGCACGUCUCAUUUCGCUUCUGCAUCCCGCAUUGGCCAAGCGCGUGGGAACUAUCAUUAAAUCCAACAAAUCCUCUGCAUCUCGCAAGACACUGACGGCGUACCGACAAGGCCGCAUUUCAGUGAUUGUAGCUACUGAUCGUGCCUCUCGUGGUCUUGACUUGCAAUCUUUGACUCAUGUCAUCAACUACGAUAUCCCGACCAGCAUUACCACUUACGUCCACCGAGUUGGACGUACCGCCCGUGCUGGCCGCGCAGGCUCUGCGUGGUCCUUGGUUGCUCAUCGUGAGGGCCGCUGGUUUGCCAAUGAGAUUGCAGCUAGUGUGGAUGGCCGGAUCACGCGUACCUCGAACAUCGAUCGUGUCCAGAUCAAGGCAGACGCACUAGACUCACUCAAGCCCAAAUACGCUACGGCUUUGGAGAAGCUCGAGCAAGAGGUCAAACGUGGCUAG